AAGCAGGUAAACCUGUCUUGUUGCACAAGUUAUCACACAGCACCAGGGGACUCAGAGCAGGAGAAUACACGGGCUGUCGGCACAGCAGCAAACACCGACAGCCCCACAAAAGAAGCCGAGGCACAUCAGCGAGCGUGCGGCGGAGUGCUGGAACCCUGCACUCACAGCUCCUCGUGCAAACCACAUCUAGGAUUUUCACUGAAAUUGCACUACAGGAAGGAAGAUUUUACGUUGUCUCAUCUGGUGCGCGCACUACCGACACAAUGAGCUGCAGCAGCGUUGCGAGCUCCGAGUUCUCUGAGGAAGAGCUUGAACUUGGCGGUCUGGUCCAAUGCGAAGAUGAAGGAAGUCCCAAGCCAUCAUUCCAAGACGAGAGUUCAACCAGCAGCCCAAGCGAAGCAGAGGAAGGCCAAACCAAGAAGCGCAACCGACCGGUUCGCUCAAAAGCUCGAAGAAUGGCCGCUAAUGUCCGCGAGCGAAAACGCAUUAUGGACUACAACCAGGCGUUCAAUGCCCUCCGCGUUGCCCUGAACCAUGACCUCAGUGGCAAACGGCUGUCCAAGAUUGCCACACUACAGCGAGCCAUCAACCGCAUCUCUGCUCUCUCAGUAUUCCUGAGCUCUCAUCCACCCAGUAAGCCCUGCGCCCACCGUGAGUGCAACAGGUCAUCAGUGGGACCGGCAGCGAUGGGGGCGUCACGGCUUGAGCAGACGAGGUUAACAGUUCCUUGUCCGGAGCAUCAGAGCUACGUCCCCUGGCACGCAUCCGUCUCUCAACAGAUGCAGCCACAGCCAGCGCCUCACAUGCACAGACCUCAUGCCUACAUAGACAACACAGUGCCAUCAUGUCCCCCAUCACCACACUACCCUUGUUAUCCCACCGAGGGACAGUUUUAUGCCUCGCACAGACACUGUGGCACCCCCUGUGAUCUUCCACCCAGCCCUCUGAGAUACCCUCAGGUGGAUGAGGGGUUGGGAUACCAGCCGGGGAUGUGGGCCUCCUGCACUCAGGGAUACAUGGACACCUUUGCAGAGCCAUCUGCUACUCUGGGACUUCCAUGGCAGGUGAGCUACCUGCAGGAGCCGGAGAGCAGCUUCCCCCUGUGCUCUGAUAUACUGUAACAAGCUUCACGAGUACUGUGAAGUCCUGAAAACUGAAGAACCCUGAUGGACUUUUUAAGGGUUUGAGGGAGUAACCUUGUGCUCUUACUGUUGCUGUUAUUGAAACUUACAGGAAGGCUGUGAUUGUAGAGCAAACUACAGUCCUGCAAGCUGAACACAGAUAAAGGAGCAAUGGCAAUCUAGACUGCAGAAUGUUACAUAUGUUAGGUAUUUUGUUUUGAUGUUGAAUUUGAAAAUGUUAAUUCUAAGGAAUGUUUUGCAAUCUACAGAUGACAACUCACAUAAUUAUAUUUUUGCUGUGCUAAAUUGUCCCCUUUUUCGGCCUUCUGCAAAGGAUGAAUUAUUGGAGUUGCAUUAGUAAAUGUAAGGUAAUAAAAAUGGGUGUGUCGGAAAUAAAAACAGACAGACUAGCAUAAAAAACAGUGCUAUGUAACUAUGCAUACAGCAUGCUAGCUUUCAAGUAGUACAAAGCGCUCUGAAAGAAAAUGUGACUAAGAUCUGGUUUCAACAUUCAACAUGCUUAUGUAUUUAUUCUCUGACUUUAAAAAGUACAGUCUGUUUGUGUUGUAAAGACGCUGCUUUUCCUUUGCUUUUUCCAAGCUUGAAAAUUAAAUGUUUAAAAU